AUGGGCUUCUCAAAGCUUGCCGCGUCUGUCGCUGCCCUCGCGCUGCUGGGCCAGGUCAACGCUUCAUUGCCCCCCAUCGUCAAGAAGGGCACCAAGUUCUUCUACGAGAACGGCACUCAAUUCUUCAUCAAGGGUGUUGCCUACCAGCAGCACACCGGCGCUGCAGGUACCACCUCUGGCACUACCUACGUCGAUCCUCUCGCCGACGAGGACUCCUGCACGCGUGAUGUGCCCCUCCUGAAGGCCCUUGGCACCAACACCAUCAGAACCUACGCCAUCGACCCUACUCUUGACCACAGCGCGUGCAUGAAACUGCUGGAUGCUGCCGGCAUCUACGUUAUUUCCGAUCUGAGCGAGCCGUCCCUGUCUAUCGAACAGGACAGCCCCAAGUGGAACACUGAGCUGUACUCCCGCUACACCGAUGUCAUUGACGAGCUUAGUCAGUACGACAAUGUCAUUGGCUUCUUUGCCGGCAACGAAGUCACGAACAACGCUUCUAACACCGCCGCAUCGGCUUUCGUGAAGGCCGCUGUCCGUGAUACCAAGGCCUACAUCACCGACAAGGGUUACCGAUGGAUGGGUGUUGGUUACGCCGCCAAUGAUGACGCCGAUAUCCGUGCAAACAUUGCGCACUACUUCAACUGCGGUGAAGACGAGCAGUCCAUUGAUUACUGGGGCUACAACAUCUACGAGUGGUGCGGUCAGAACACCUUUGAGGGUUCCGGUUACGCCACUCAGGUCGACUUCUUCAAGAACUACUCCGUCCCCGUCUUCUUCGCCGAGUAUGGCUGCAACACCCAAGGCGGUGCUGCCAAGCGUAUUUUCCAGGAGACUACUGCUCUCUACUCUGACGAUAUGACUGGCGUCAUUUCCGGCGGUAUCGUCUACAUGUACUUCCAAGAGUCCAAUGACUACGGUCUCGUCAGCGUCUCCGGCACCAAGGCCUCUACUCUGGCUGAUUACAACUCUCUGAGCUCUAGAGUUGCGGCUGCAACCCCAAGCUCCACCUCGAUGGACGCUUACACACCGAGCAACACAGCAGCUGCCUGCCCCGACGUGUCUGAUGACUGGCAGGCUUCCUCGAACCUUCCCCCUACGCCAGAUGCCAACCUUUGCUCAUGCAUGUACAGCUCUUUAACAUGCGUGCCCAAGGCCGGCUUGAACACGACUGCCUACGGGGACAUCUUCGGCUUCAUCUGCGGUACCGAUGGAAGCCCAUGCGCCGGCAUCGACGCCAACGCAACCACCGGUGUCUAUGGCGCUUACUCUAUGUGCAAUGCCACCGAGCAGCUGGGCUAUGUUCUCGAUGUCUACUACAAGGGUCAGGGCUCUCAGUCCUACGCUUGUGACUCUGAUGGCCAGGCGACUACCACCUCCGCUGCCGUUGCCUCUGGCUGCUCGGCGUCGCUGGCUAGUGCCAGCUCGGCCAACAGCGUUGCUGCAACUGGUACUGGUGGUAGCAGCUCUGCUACCAGCAGCAACAUUGCCGCGCCUAUCCCGAUGAAGAACCUCAUGACCGUCGGCGACCUGGCUGUGGGUAUGUAUGCGGUUGUUGCCAUGGGUGCUGGAGCUGCCAUGGUUCUCUUGUAA